UCAAACUAGUCGAUGAGGAAUAUCUAACACAACAAUCAAUAAUUGAUGAUGACAAUGUGUUAGAAGAAAUAAUUGAUUAUAACAUAUUAGAAACUUUUACAUUCCUUUUACGUAAAAAGAAAAGAAUACAGCAACCUUUUAACAUAUUAUCAUGCAUAAUGAAG